AUGUUGCCUCCUUCGCUACUUCAGGGCGACGACAAACUGACCUUUUCCAGUUCGUUUCUAUUGGGAUUACUGACGGUAACUGCUGCGGCCACCACACUCUACACGAUCACCAGCAGGAAAUCCAACAACCUUAAGGGCAACGCCGAGCACAUAACUCAAGUGCCAUAUCUCCCCUCGACUCUGUUCCUGGGGAAUACACUGGAGGUGGUUGCCAAUACAGCACGUUUCCAGGACUGGAUCUCUGACCACUCACAAGAACGCAAUGGCCAACCCUUUGCAGUUCGGCUACUGGGCAAGAACGAUAUCAUCUAUAUGGCCAAACCCGAGCACUUCGAGCAGGUGUUGAAGGAGCAAUCGAGCAACUUCAACAAGGGCCCCACCAUGCAUGAAGUAUACUCUGACUUCAUGGGGGAGGGCAUCUUGCUCACUAAUGGAGACCGCUGGAAGUAUCACCGACGAGUACUCGUGAACCUCUUCAGUGCUCGAGCUCUUCGAGAUUUUAUGGCCCCGAUCAUCCAGAAGAAUGUCCAAGUACUGACGGAGGUAUUGUCACGUGCUUGUGACACCAAAGAGCUCGUCGAUUUAUACAAACUGAUGAACAAGUUCACGUUCGAGACGUUCACAGAGAUCGGCUUCGGACGGAAGCUCGGGAACUUGGCAUCCCCGGAUGCCCACCCAUUUGAGCUCGCGUUUGAUGAAGCACACCGUAUUAGCGGCUAUCGAUUCACAACUCCUUCGUGGCUUUGGAAACUCAAACGGUGGCUGAAUGUGGGGACCGAGCGUCGUCUUCGAGACGCCAUGGUGGUGGUCGACGAAUUUCUCAUGGGCACGAUCAUCGGAACGAUGGAGCGUCGUCAACUUGAUAGCACUGUUAACCGAGAUGUAGUAUCCAUUAUACUCGACACGAUGGAGACGAGUGGACAGACUAUGACGCCGGGUGACAUUCGGGAUAUUGUCUUUGCCGGUAUGAUUGCCGGUCGAGAUACAACUGCAGAUGCACUGAGCUGGUUAAUGCAUGCACUUCACAAUAACCCGCGUGUAGUUAAGAAGUUGCGCGAGGAAAUUCUCGCAAAGCUGCCGAAGUUUGCAGAGUCUGAAUGCUACGUGCCGACGAUGGACGAGGUACAAGAACUGCCUUACUUGGAAGCUACAAUUCGCGAGCUUUUGCGCUUGUCACCAGCCGCUCCCACGAUCCCCUACCAGUGUGUUCGAGACACGGUGUUUCCCGAUGGUACAUUCAUCCGAGCAGGCUGUGGCGUGAUGCUUUCCCUGUACUCGGCUGCGCGGCUUGAAAGCGUCUGGGGACCUAACGCUGCAGAGUUCGCACCCGAGCGAUUCAUUGACGCAGAAACUGGAGACCUCGUACAGAUAUCCUCCACUCCCUUUGCUGCCUUCAGUGCCGGUCCCCGUGUGUGCGUCGGCCGCACCUUAGCGAUGCUAGAGCUGAAACUGGUGACUACUUGUCUGGUCGGCCGCUUUCGUUUGGAAGAAGCGGAAGGACAAAACGUCACCUACAGCAGAGGUGUAAGUCUUGGGAUGAAGAACCCGCUGCUGAUGAAGGUCGCGAGAGUUCCUAUCGAGAUGUCCUAA